UCUCGUCCUAAAGUUUACGUGUGCUCUCCCUACAAAAGGUGCGCAUCCACCCCCCGGUGCCUGCUAGCUCCUCCUUCAAUUCGUCCUCUUCGGACCUCCGCUUAAAAUACACACCCAACGUCACAAAAUUCUCUCUCUCUCUCUGUUAUCCAAUAGGCAACCUACGUUUACCCUCUCUUCCUACGGCCUCUCAAGCUGUUGCGUAUGCUACUGAUCGCCUUGAUCUGCUUCGUUCCGAUAAUUUGAGGUGGUCGGCGUGGCUCUGAGAGAUCGCAUUUGAAGUUUGAUUCAGAAAGAGGAGGAAAAAAAUUGUGUUUUUUGAAGGUGGAGUUAUGGUUAUUUUUCCUUUCUUUGUUUGCAGUGAAAGCAAAGUUCUGUUAGAGGUUUGGAUUUAGAAGGUGGAGCUAGCGAAUGCGUACGUGCUCGCUUCUGAGUAUAUCCGUGAUCUUAAACUCGAUCACUGCGAAAGAACUCCCAGGUGGAUCGUCCGGCGGCCGGUCAGUCGGGUUUUUCAUUUCCACUCUCUUUUGAUACGCUGGAGGGGGGAGGGGGGAGUCAACGAAGAUUGCACGUGAGUUCCUGGGCCUGUACUGAGCCUGUGAGACCCGUGAGAAAAUGCCUCACAAAACGACUUACUUCUUCCCCAGGCAAUUCCCGGACCGGGGAUUCGGCUCUUGUUCAUCCAAGCAACUAUUUAAUCACGAGCAGAAGCAGACAAUCACCAGCUCUGCAUGCACAGGCAAUGAAGCCUUUAACAUCGAAAGCUACCGAAAGUCAUCAAAGGAUGCGUCCUUCACGGUCGACAAGAAGGUCAUCUCAGCUGUAGCCGAUCUUUCCACGUGCGACGACAGUUUCCACCCAAAGAAACAGCAAUUUGCUGCCUUUUGUGACUGGUUAGUUGAGAGAAAGGGUAAGCGAUCUGGUCACGUGAAAUCCUCGUCCAGGACCUCGAGGAAGCAGUCAUUUGACGAGGAGGACCGCGAGCUUUUGCUCCCCCAAGAAGCGGAGCUCGUGAAGGAUCGGGCAAUUGAUAGGAACUUUGAUCGCCAGGUCUCGCUUCCGAGGCUCUCCAGCGUGGGUAGCAGCUAUGCAGGGAGCUUGUUUUCCGGAACGACGACGUUGGAUGGCAAUUUCUCAAGCGAUAUCGUUAAGGAUUCAACCACGACGUCUACGAAGCAAGAGGAGGAGGAGGAGGAGGUGGAGACGCGUAGGGAUAACUUGACGCAGAGGGUGAGGGAGAGUCACUAUCUGCAGCUUGCUUUGGCUAGGAGGCUUACUUCUCAAGCCAGUCUUCUUUGCGAGCCUGUGCUCAUGGUUGAGAGUGGAGCGUUGCUGGCUUCGGAAGUGGAAACUGUUUCAUAUCGUCUCUGGGUUAGUGGUUGCUUGUCUUACACUGACAAGAUAUCGGACGGUUUCUACAACAUACUGGGAAUGAAUCCGUAUCUGUGGCUGAUGUGCAAUGAUGUGGAGGAAGGUAGGCGACUGCCGCCAUUAAUAUCGCUUAAAGCAGUUGACCCCAGUGAAACAUCUAUGGAGGUGGUGCUUGUUGAUAGACGGGGGGACUCUCGCCUUAAGGAACUUGAAAAUAAAGCCCAAGAACUGUAUUGUGCUUCAGAGGAUACCUUAAUGUUGGUGGAGAAACUAGGCAAACUCGUUGCUAUAUACAUGGGGGGCGAUUUUCCAGUGGAGCAAGGAGAUCUCCACAUGCGCUGGAAAUUAGUUAGCGAGAGAUUGAGGGAAUUUCAGAAGUGCAUCGUGCUCCCUAUUGGCAGUCUAUCUAUGGGACUUUGCAGGCAUCGUGCCAUUCUUUUCAAGAAACUGGCAGACUACAUUGGUUUGCCGUGUCGUAUAGCUCGAGGUUGCAAGUACUGUGUGGCUGAUCAUCGCUCUUCUUGCCUUGUCAAGGUAGAGGAUGGCAAGAAGUCCUCAAGGGAAUAUGUAGUUGAUCUAGUUGGCCAACCAGGAAAUGUUCAUGGCCCAGAUUCCUCUAUCAAUGGAGGAUUGCUUUCUUCAAUGCCUUCGCCAUUUCAAGUUUCUCAUCUGAAAGAAUUCCAACAACCUUACGUGGAUGCUUCAUCAUCCUGUCAAAUUCUAAACUCACAGCACACACGUGCUUCUCCCAGAAAUCCUCUGUAUUCGGGUUUUGGGGAAGAAGGUCCACAAGUGAUGGAAUCAUCUCUGACACCUCUUGAGUUGGAAGGAAAUGCUGAACAUUGCAUAAUUCAGAGUCCCAUUUUGUCAUUUUCCCAGGGAAACGUUUCAGAACCACUGGAUUCUGCUCCGAAGGCGUUGUUACAUGAGUGUUCUAGGCUUUGCGAAGACAAAGUUGUUGUACAACAAACAUACAAAGAAGAUAUUUUUGUAUCUGGAAGUCCAGUUAUAGAAAACAGCAUCAAGCAACCUAAGAUCAGCUUAUCAAGUCAGUCAGAUCUGAAGGAGGUCGAUAGUAGGCUUGAGAAUCAAGGGAGAUUCCCUGCUGUAACCAUCCCAAAAUACUUGAAUCUUGAACCAUCCCUUGCAAUAGACUGGCUGGAGAUAUCAUGGGAUGAAUUACAUAUCAAGGAGCGUGUUGGUGCUGGGUCAUUUGGGACUGUGCAUCGUGCUGAAUGGCAUGGAUCGGAUGUAGCAGUCAAGGUCCUUACCAUGCAGGAUUUCCAUGAUGAUCAAUUGAAGGAGUUUCUAAGAGAGGUGGCAAUAAUGAAACGUGUACGGCAUCCGAAUGUGGUUCUCUUCAUGGGUGCAGUGACAAAGUGUCCACAUCUGUCGAUAGUGACAGAAUAUCUGCCUAGGGGUAGUCUAUACCGCCUCAUACACAGGCCAGCUUCUAGUGAACUAUUAGAUAAAAGGAGGCGGUUACGCAUGGCAUUGGAUGUGGCCAAGGGGAUCAAUUAUCUCCAUUGUCUUAACCCUCCUAUUGUGCACUGGGAUCUUAAAUCUCCAAAUUUAUUGGUGGAUAAAAAUUGGACAGUAAAGGUAUGUGAUUUUGGUUUGUCCAGAUUCAAAGCAAACACUUUCAUUUCAUCUAAGUCUGUUGCUGGAACUCCUGAGUGGAUGGCUCCAGAGUUCCUUCGAGGAGAGCCCUCAAAUGAGAAGUCUGAUGUUUACAGUUUUGGAGUGAUCCUGUGGGAGCUUGUAACCAUGCAACAGCCUUGGAGUGGACUUAGCCCUGCACAGGUUGUUGGAGCUGUUGCUUUCCAAAACAGAAAGCUUGUCAUCCCGCAGAAUGUCUCCCCAGUCUUGGCUUCCCUUAUGGAAUCUUGCUGGGCCGAUGAUCCUGUUCAGCGCCCAUCUUUUGCAAGUAUAGUUGAAUCUCUAAAGAAGUUGUUGAAGUCCCCAGUGCAGCUAAUACAAAUGGGCGAGAACGCAACGUAAGGUGAAGUACUCCACCCAAUGCCACUCUAUAUAUACUUCAUAAAUAUGAAUCAAUAUCCUAAACUAAUUGGGAGUUGACUAACCAAAUAAGGGUGACUGACUGCCGCCUUUUUGGUUGUUGGCAACUAUAGAUGCCUUUUUUUCUCUAGCCCUGUCCAAAAGGCAAUACCCACCAAGCUCAAGCCUGUACAUAAGAUUGCACAGAAGUGCCUUCUGCGUGUUCAUGUGUUCUUGAGUGGAGACUGCAUCUUAUCUUUAUAUUUAUAAGCUAUUUCUUA